AUGUCUUUGGAGCUCGUCUGUUCAACUGGGCAUUAUUGUAAAGAGGGAAGUUUCAAGGAGUUUCCCUGCCCCCUUGGAAGCUAUCAGCUUAGACAAGGCCAAGGCAGUUGUGACCCAUGCCCAGCAGGUUUCUUUUGUCCAGAUCAAGGGACCUAUGGAAACACAUCAGGCCUCACAGAGGAAACACAAUGCUUACUUUGUGAUCCGGGAAUGUUCUGCAAAGGAACUGGAAGGGUUGAUCCCAGUGGCCCUUGUGCUGAAGGGUUUGUUUGUAUUAAUGGAGCCUCUGAGCCUUCACCAUUAGACGGUCUGACGGGAAAACCCUGUCCUCCUGGAUUCUACUGCACUGUUGGGACAUCUGUCCCUCGACCUUGCCCAAAAGGAACAUACAGUAACAAAGGUGGACUUGUGGCAGUAUCUCAGUGUAAAAGCUGCAUACCAGGCUUCUACUGUUCUGAGCCAGGUCUCUCUGUUGUGUCUGGGCCUUGUUUGCCUGGCUUCUACUGUUUAGAGGGAUCAUCCACUGCUACUCCGAAGUCUGUUUUAUUUGGAGAUGUAUGUCCAGAAGGCCACUAUUGUUUAGAAGGAAGCAGUGUGCCCAUGGCGUGUCCACCGGGCUCCUACCAGAAUCUCACUGGAGGGGCAAGUCAAGAGGACUGUAAACCUUGUCCAACGGGCCAAUUUCAAGAUCUAUCUGGACAAAAAGAUUGUAAUCCUUGCCUUCCUGGAUUUCACUGUCAAGUCAUUGGGCCGAGUCCCUCUCAAUGGAACUCUAAUGGAGUGUCAGUCCCAGAGCCAUGUCCUGCAGGAUACACCUGUCCCAGAGAGAGUCUGGACAGGCAGCCAGUCCCCUGUCCAAAAGGCACUUAUAGCAACAAUUUGGGUUUAACCAUUCUCGGUGAAUGUUUAAAGUGUCCUCCAGGGCAGUUCUGCGGAUCUGAUGGUUUAAUUGAGCCUUCAGGCCCUUGUGAUUCAGGUUAUCUUUGUUUAAGUGGAGCCACAGUUCCUAAUCCUAUUGACAACAGGACUGGAUCUCUCUGCCCACAAGGGUAUUUCUGCAUACAAGGACUUAGAGCUGGCGACUGCCUGGCUGGAUUUUUUUGCGACUGGGGAUCAAGCAAAGGCGAUGAAGCUCUUUGUCCAGUAGGUUGUUUCUGUCCCAGAGGAACAACAGCCCCCAUUCCAUGUCCUCCUGGAACCUUCAGUUCCGCCACUGGCAACACACACCAAGUCAACUGCAGCACUUGUUUGGUUGGGUACUACUGCCCAGAUGCAGGGACAGUAAAACCCAGUCUAUGUCCUGCUGGACAUUACUGUCCUCCCGGACUGACUCUAGGGACAGAGUUCCCAUGCCCACCCGGAACAGUGCAGAGAAAGCUUGGGGCUUCCAGUUCUAAUGAUUGCAUUGCAUGUCCUCCUGGAUUGUUCUGUGCUGGUUAUGGUUUAUCGAAACCUUCUGGUCUCUGUGACCCUGGAUACUUCUGUCCCUCUGGCUCCAUCAGCUCCAACUCCAGUGAUCUCCAGGACAAUUCUACUGAAAACCACAUUUGUCCUGUUGGUCAUUUCUGCCCCCCUGGCACCGGUCUUCCUCAUCCCUGCCCUGCAGGCUCUCUGUCUCUGUCUCAUGGAGUCAGCAGAGUUGACGGAUGUCAUCCCUGCCCCCAGGGGCUGUUCUGUGACAGGCCUGCAUUAGCAGAUAUCCUUGAUGCACAGCCUUGUCAUGCUGGGUUUGUUUGUCUUGGAGGCAGUUACAGCCCAAACCCUUCUGAUGGUAGCCAUGGUUACAUAUGCCCCGUGGGUCAUCAGUGCCCUCUCGGCUCAGCCACAGAACUGCCCUGUGAGCCUGGCACGUACAGUGCAUCCCCUGGAGCAGCACAGUGUUUAGUCUGCCCUAAUGGGACUGCAUGCUCUUCCUUUGCCACCAGGGAGCCCACUGUCUGUCCAGCAGGACAUUUCUGUCCGGCUGGGACAGCUUUGCCCCAGCCCUGUACUUUGGGGACUUUCAGCAACCAAACUGGAGCACACUCCAUCUCUGUCUGCAUUGCCUGUCCAUCUGGGUCCUACUGCAGCUCAUAUGGAGCUUCUGCACCAUCAGGUCCAUGCCUAGAUGGGUACUUUUGUAAAAGUGGGGCCACAGAGCCAGCACCACAGAGAUCAGACUCUUCUAGUGGGCAGUGCCCUGUCGGCCACUACUGUCCAGUUGGCUGCUCCUCCCCAGUCCCAUGUCCUCUUGGUAGCAUGCGCAGCACCACAGAAGGUGCAUCCAUUGAGAGCUGCUCUGCCUGUCCUGCUGGUUACUACUGUUCCAGUGAGGGUUUGUCACGUCCAAGCGGUCCUUGUGCUGCUGGGUUUUACUGCCCUUUUGACUUUUCCUCAACUACUCCAUUUGCCUUUCUCUGCCCAAAGGGCCACUAUUGUCCAGAGGGCUCCCCUCUGCCUUUGCCAUGUCCGACAGGAGAGUACCAGCCAAAUGUUGGCUCUGAUAACUGCGUACCCUGUCGGCCCGGCUUCUACUGUGAAGAGGCUAUUGUGGGCGAGCCAUGGCUCUGUCCGCCACACUCAUUCUGUCCAGCAGGAACUAUGGUUCCUCAGCCUUGUCCUAAUGGGACAUAUACAUAUUCAAACCAAACUGGGCUCCAAGAGGAACAGGAGUGUUUGCCCUGCCCUCCAGGAAAGUAUUGCAGAGCUGGUAAAAUUCAAGGUGUAUGUGCAGCUGGUUAUCUUUGCCUUUCUGGAAGUGCAGAAUUUACUCCUCAAGGUUCCAACUUAACCCAGUGUGAGUGGGGUCUUCAGUGUGCAGUAAAAUGCCCACCAGGUUAUUACUGUCCAGAAGGCACAAAGGAAGCAAAAUCUUGUCCCGCUAACACCAUCCGGAGCACUGCAGGAGGUGCCAGCCAACACGAUUGCUUACCAUGUCCUCCUCAAUAUUGGUGUAAAUCUGGAGACCCUACCCUUCACCUGUGUCCUGCAGGUCAUUACUGUGACGGCUUACCUGGAAGUGACUAUAAUGGAGGAGCAGGGCCCAGACCUUGUCCUCUGCACUCUUAUCGACCCUCUCCUGGCGCAGGCAGCAAGGGGGACUGUCUCCCCUGCCCUGCAGGCUCGCACUGCAACAGCACAGGGCUUACUGAUUAUUCUAUGAAACUCUGCCCCCCUGGUUAUUGGUGCAGUGGGUUUGGACCUCCCAUAUUGUGCCCAGCCGGAACCAAAAGAUCUAUUCCUGGAGGGGCGGCGCCUGCUCACUGUGAAUUUUGUGCAGGGGGGACAUUUUGUCCAGAUCCUCGAUCAACAGGAGUCCCCAAUGUGGAAGGAUCGGUAGUGGAAAAAGUCUGUAGAGCCGGAUCAUACUGUGGACCUCAGACUGCUGAGCCUCAAAUCUGCCCUGCCGGUUAUUUCUGUCCAGUAGGAUCUCAGUCAUAUAACACACCUAAACAACUGUGUUUGUUUCCUUACUACUGCCCCACCAACAGCACAGGACUUACAACUUGUAAGGGGGGUUCUAUGCCUGUAAACACCAGCGGCCUGAGAGGCUCUCAAAGCAGCUGCUGCACUUUGUGUGAAGGGGGAACUUACCGUCCUUACCUCUCCCGAAGUCUGACCUGCCUGCCAUGCCCACCAGGUUACUUCUGCCCACAAGGCACAGAGAGCUACAAAGCUCACCCUUGCCCUGGUGGAUAUGUCUGUCCUGUGGGGUCUUCACAGCCAAUAGCCUGCCCCCCUGGCUUCUUUGGAAAACUCACACACGCUGUGAACGAUAGUGACUGUCGUGUUUGUCCAGCUGGCACAUUCAACCACCUGGAAGGACAGAAGGCCUGCUUUCCCUGUGGCAGCUCAUCCACCUCAUCACCAGGGUCUUCAUUGUGCACAUGUAUUGGCAAGAACCGAGCAUUCCAGCCUUCUGAUGGUUCCUGUUUAUGCAGAACUGGUUUCAUAUAUUAUGAUGAGCAGGAUUUUAGGAGUUCAUCUUCUGACAGUGUCUUUGACUGUCAGCCUGAGGUAAACAGGCGUUGUGCAAAAGGAGAAGUGCGCGUUGCUGCAUCGAGAGCAUGUGUGUCUCCUACUCUUCACUCCUGUAAUGUCUCCUGCGGGCCUUUUGGAGGAACUCUGGAUGUGGAAAUGGGAAUCUGCCAGUGCGAACGAUAUGUGUCCGCAGAAGAACUGUGCAACACUUCCUGCCUCUCUCGUCUUCCUGAUCUCUCCGCUCAGCUCACAUCGGACGGACAACUCCUCCUCAAAGUCAAAGAGAGAAAAGGCUCAGACUGGACCAAGUCUGUUGCAGAUAUUUUAGGACCUGAUAUGCAUGCAAACAAUAUUGGAAAAAUUCAUUUAGUGGAGUUUGGCUCUGAAGGUGUUUUUGGAUGGAUUCCUACAGAAAAGGAGCUUGUUCAACAUUUUCUAACAGAACCUGUGAAAGUUUUGAACACUCAUCACAGAGAUAGAAGAAGUACUAGAGGUGAAAAUAAAAGUAACUGGGCUCUGCUUCCUCGAAUCCAUAAUCCCAUUGCCUGCAUCUCGUCCGGCGACAUGCUGUUUUUCCAGCUCGCCAUCAACCACACUGAUCGUCGUUAUAGCCAUUUCCCAGUGUAUCAGAAAGACCAUCUGUUUAACAGCAACCCCAGCUGGGACUUUGGGGCGUUCAGGCAGCUGCAGAUACUCAUGAAACAGACAAGCUUCAACUCCACCAGGUUUGCACAUGUGUUUUCUGAGACUGGAAAGUAUGUUUUUGUGGACAGUGCUGUUCCAGAGUGGACACUGGUUGUAGUGGUCACUGAAACAGCAACAGAGUGUAAUCCACGAGCUGCAGUUUUUCAGCCGAUGACUCCAGCUCAGUUGGUCAAGUUUGGUGUUGUCAAACAACACAAGCUCAACCUCUUGCCUGACUGGGGACUCAUUGCUGGCUUUCUGAGCGUAUUUCUGGCACUGGUUGUUGUUCUGACUUCUACAGUAUUAGUUUUGCGCCCUGGGAAGUCCAAACUCAUUAUUGCACAUUGGAAGAACAGACCAAAGUGGAGGAAUGUUGGGGAACCUUUCUGUCCAAUGGAGUGCAACUGCACUAAAGAUAGCCCAGCGACUCCAAGUCUGGCUCUAGUUUUAGGCAGUCGAGAAGUGGGAGAAGGGGCUGAGGCAGAAGAGCCUGCGAUUACAAAAGGAAGUGUGCCGCAGCGCUGUGAUCUGGAGGACUUCAAUGUAAAAACUUUGUACGACAAACUUGAGGAUCAGAACCUCCACAUCGCGUCACAGCUGGCCCGCCAUCGCAAAGACACACAGGAGUUCUACAGGAACAUGUGCCUGCAGACAGAAUCACUCUGUAACACUUUAGAGCACAUGGACAAUAAAAAGCUUCUACUUCUCAAAGAGGUGUUGAGCCACAGUGCAGGAGAAGAUAACAGCAAUAAUAGCAGAGUAGAGGAGAUUGAUCCUCAAGAUGAGGCUAUUGUAGUGUUACUUGGAGCUGUCCUCAGGUCAGUUGAAGCUCUCAUAUGUAAAAUGACCAUUGGAGAAGCUUGGCACCAUCAGUAUGUAGUCUCUCAAGAUGACAGAGAGAGUGACCCUCCACACGACGGAAACAACGGCUUUACCCAGUUUUCUUUAGGACAUCUGACCAAGGACGAAUCCCCAAGUGAGCCAGUCACGUGUUUGAGUGACCACGAUUUAUCCAAAUUGGUCAGCAUUACUCCUUUAUUCCAAACCCUGCAAGACAUUCAGCAGUCCUUACACAAUCUGACUGCGGCCGGUUGCCAUUUACCUGACAUCGGAACUGAGACGGGUGAAUCUGAAGUAGAAACUGGGUCAGAAAGCGGUGAGCUAGUUGCCACAGCACUGGAAAGCCUCUCGCCUCAGCACUCGGCUAUCUACCUGUUUGGGUGCCAGGUGAUGAAACUGCUCUGCACCCGAGCCGUGUUCCCCCCAGUGCUCCUCCUGCUGGCCAAGUCUGUCCCUACAUCUUUCACUACACCGCGCUUUAUGGCGCACUGCUCAAGACAAUUUUAUUUCGAUGCGACCAAUCAAAUCCUCUUCAUAUCAGAGAAUCUGCUUCAUCACACCGGACAUUUUAUUUCCACCCUCCUCCAGUCCAUGGCCUACAUUGCAACAGGGUCCAAACCACAAAUGUUUCUGAAAGUACUCCACGAAGCAAUUUCAGUUUUAAGCCUUCAACUGUUCACCCUCUCGCUGAAAUGGAACGCCGGGUCAAAAGAAGACAUGUCUGAGGAGAAACAGGGCUCAUUACUUUCGGAGUUUCUCAACGUAAGGGUUCCUGCCGAAGCACACUUCACUGAACAUCUAUUAGCUCGCAGGCUUGAGAAAUACAAAUACUUGAAGAUUGAGCAGCUCAUCUCAAAGCUCAAAGAGAGGUCAUCUGGAGACAGAGUGAAAUGUACACCGGGACAAGGGAGUCCAGUUCAGAUGUCUUGCAUAGAAAAUGAAAUCGACCAACUUAAUGAGUCCUUCAUAAAACUGAGCAUGCAGCUACAAAACAGAGCUCAAGUAAAAGAAGAAGCUGGAGUGCGCAGUGCAGACAGCCACGCACGGAGCGCGUCACCAUCAUCCAUCCUCAGCCUAAGUCGUAAUGGAACAAUCCUGCUGGAACUGAAGCGCCGCUACGUAUCCCAGCGCCUCAAUGAGCUCCAAAUCACAUUAGAGCACAUGAGACACGGCCAACGGCAUGACAGCUAUUCACAAGAUGAGACGAGGAGACUUGCCCAAACAGACAGCAGCAGCAGCAGCAGCAGCAGCAGAACCCAGCCGGGGGAGAGCAAGCGCGAUCCUGGCACGGGCCCUCACACUGCCAUCGACGGCCAGAGGGGGGACAGCGAUCCAGCCAGCCUCACUCACAGGCAGGAAGCAGAAGCAGCAGACAAAACAGAACCGAAAAGCUUAAAAUAUGAGAGUCAUAUUACUGAACAGCCACCGGAUAACCAGGGCUCUUACCCACAGACAUUACUGGAGGCUCAGCGCUCAACAAGCCAGCUCCAAGUCGCUCGCAUCUGUGCUUGUCCUUCUGCGGAGUUAGAAGGAAAAGAAGUGCCACAGAAACAGAAAGUGCGCAAACUGCUUCACGAACAACAAUUUGCGCCCUUUCUCUCAAUGAGCCAGAGCUUUUUUUACCCCAAUAAAGUUGACAGUGCACUCGUCCUCCGAAGUGCGGCGCUGUCCGUGGUGCUGAAAUCUUUUCCAGCUCCACAAAGUAUGCUAACCCAUCUGCUCACUGUCACCUUCACGCUCUAUAUUGUGCAUCCGAGCCAUCAAGUGUGCGUGGAUGUCCCCUCCGAGACUGAGGCGGUUCUGGGCCGGUCCAUGAGACUGACCUGCAUCGACUGCUUGAAGCGAGAAGAGGUCAAAGCCAAAACCAGAGUGGACUGGUUCUACAGGCCCAACAAUACUUGGAGCAGGAUCCCUAUUGUCAAGUAUCACAAUGACAAACCCUCGGUGCUGGACAGUCCCUUUCGGGGCCGGCUGUUCUGGAAUGGAAGUCAGGACUUGCAGGAUUUGUCCAUUUCGAUCCAAAACGUCUCUUUUAGCGACAGCGGAUUUUACCAGUGCAUUGUUAAACGGGAGUUUAUCUAUGCAGUGGGACAAAUCCGGGACUACUUCACUCCAACUGCCUCAAAUAUUAAAAACAUCUCACUAACUGUAAUAGAGAAAGCCAGUGAAGACCCCACAGCUCUCUAUUCGGAGAUCAUGAUGUAUGUGCUGCUGGUCUUCUUGACCUUAUGGCUCAUGGUGGAGAUGGUCUACUGCUACCGGAAGAUCUCCAAGUCUGAUGAGCAAACACAGGACACUGCGUGA